AUGCCCAUGUACGACAAGGAACUGUCUGCGGCCAAGCCGCAGUUUGAGCAGAUGGACCGCGACACCGAGGAACGGUUCGUGCGGUUCGUCGAGCGCAUGCCUGUCCACUCCGAGGGCCUCGUCCGCCUGUUCGACCGCGGCGAGUACUUUUCAGCUCAUGGCGCCGACGCUCUCCUGAUCGCCGACCAGGUGUACAAGACGACCAACGUUCUCAAGUAUCUGGGUGCGGGCAGCAGCAAGCCUUCGUCGUCGACGUCUGCCCGCGGUCUGCCCAGCGUGACCAUUUCAAUGACUCUUGCCAAGGCGUUCCUGCGCGACUGCCUUACCACCAAGCAGAUGCGCGUCGAGAUUUGGGAGCCCGAGGACGGUACCGCUGGUCGCAAGAACAACACGCGCUGGCACUCGGGCAAAGUCGCGUCGCCCGGCAACCUCAGCCAGCUCGAGGACCUGCUCUUCGCCCACGAAGACUUGCUGGCCAACGCCGUCAGCAUGGCUGUGCGAGUCGCCAUCAAGGACGGCCAGCGUACUGUCGGCGCCGCGUUUGUGGACGUGCAGGAGAAGACGAUUGGCGUGGCGCAGUAUGCCGAGGACGAAAACUAUGGCAACACUGAAAGCCUCGUGAUCCAGCUUGGCAUCAAGGAGUGCAUCCUCCAGGCAGACGAGAAGCGCGCCGACCACGAGCUCUCCAAGCUUCGCACCCUCAUUGAGCGUUGUGGCGUCAUUGUGACGGAUCGCAAGUCGUCCGAGUUCCAGACCGGCAGUGUCCAGCAAGACCUCACGCGUCUGUUGGACGACUCGCAUGCCGCCAACCUCCCCGAGUUUGAUCUCAAGACGGCCAUGAUGUCGCUGGCUGCUAUUAUCAACUACCUCUCGCUCAUGAGCGACACGCCCAUGCACGGCCAGUUCCGCCUUCACCACCACGACCUGUCCCAGUACAUGAAGCUCGACGCCAGCGCGCUCAAGGCGCUCAACCUCAUGCCCAACGCCGAGCUGGGUGGCAACAAGAACAUGAGCCUGUACGGCCUGCUUAACCGGUGCAAGACCAGCCAGGGCCAGCGCCUGCUCGGCCGCUGGCUCAAGCAGCCCCUUGUCAACCUCCACUCGAUCCUCGAGCGCCAGAACGUGGUUGAAAUGUUUGUCAACGACGGCAACACACGCAGGACCCUGCAGGAGGAGCACUUGCGCAAAAUGCCCGAUUUCCACCGCAUCUGCAAGCGCUUCCACCGCAGCAUUGCCGGUCUCGAGGACGUUGUCCGCGUGUACCAGGCUGUCCAGACCCUCCCGCGUAUCGUCGAGUGCCUCAACCUGGUCAAGGAGGACAACCCGGAACACGGCCACAUUCUUGACGACGUGUACGUCAACGCCCUCAACGAGAACAUUGAGCUGCUUGAAAAGUAUUCGGAGAUGGUCGAGAGCACCAUCGACCUUGACGAGCUCCAGGGCCACAACUUUGUCCUUUUGCCCACGCUCGAUAAUGACCUUCAAAACUUCCGCGACCAGCUCAUCGACGUUCGCGACCAGCUCGACGGAGAGCACCGCCGCGUCGGUGAGGAGCUCGGUCUGGACAUUGACAAGAAGCUCCACCUCGAGAACCACCAGGUGUACAAGUACUCGUUUCGCAUUACCAAGGCGGAGGCGGGCUUGAUCCGCGGCAAGAAAAAGUACAUUGACUUGGCGACGCAAAAGUCGGGCACCAUUUUCACGACCACGCUCCUGAAGAACUUGUCAGAGGACUAUGCGCGACUCCAGGAAGAGUACGAGAAGAAGCAACGCCACCUCGUCAAGGAGGUUGUCAGCAUUGCCUCGUCGUACACGCCCGUGCUGGAGAAACUGGACGACCUCAUUGCCGCCCUCGACGUGAUUGUCUCGUUUGCCCACGUCUCGGCCAACGCCCCCGUCCCUUAUGCCAAGCCUGUCGUCAAGGAGCGUGGCAGCGGCGACAUUGUCGUCCGUGGCGCUCGCCACCCAUGCCUCGAGGUCCAGGACGAUAUCGAGUUUAUCGCCAACGACCAUGAAAUGAUCAAGGGCACCUCCGAGUUCCACAUUCUGACGGGUCCCAACAUGGGCGGCAAGUCGACGUACAUUCGCCAGAUUGGCGUCAUUGCGCUCAUGGCCCAGCUGGGCUGCUUUGUCCCCGCCGACUCUGCCGAGCUGCCCGUCUUUGACUGCAUCCUUGCGCGUGUGGGUGCUGGCGACAGCCAGCUCAAGGGCGUGUCGACGUUCAUGGCCGAGAUGCUCGAGACGGCCACCAUCCUGCGGUCUGCCACUCGUGAUUCGCUGAUCAUCAUCGACGAGCUCGGCCGCGGUACUUCGACCUAUGACGGUUUCGGUCUCGCGUGGGCCAUCAGCGAGCACAUUGCGACCAACAUUCGCUGCUUCUGCCUGUUCGCGACCCAUUUCCACGAGCUCACGACGCUCGCCGACCAGCUGGCAUGGGUCAAGAACCUCCAGGUGCGCGCCGAAGUGCACGGUGAGCUGGAACGCCAGAUCACGCUCCUGUACCAGGUGGUCGACGGCCACAGUGACCAGAGUUUCGGUAUCCAUGUCGCCGAGCUCGCGCGCUUCCCCGACACGGUGGUCAAGCUCGCCAAGCGCAAGGCCGAGGAGCUCGAGGACUUUGGCGAGACGACGAGCGAGAGCGCGCCCAAGCUCCCCAAGACGGACGUGGACGAGGGCACGGCGCUCGUCCGCUCGUUCCUCGACGAGUGGCGCUCGCGUGCCGAGGGCGGUACCGAGGAGGAGCAGCUCAAGGCCCUCCACUCCAUCGCGGACGAGUACAAGUCCAAGUUUGCGGACAACACGUGGAUCCAGAGUGUUCUCGCCGCGUUGUGA